AUGGCCGAUGAGCAAGCCAAUGCUUACUACAACAGUGGCCAUUCCUCUCAAGGAAGCGGCGCCGCUCUAGAAGGCAUCGCGAUGAUCCAGAAAAUCUUGGAGGAUACAAGAUCCGGAUUCCCCCUUUCCAUGGCAACAACAAUCCUGAUGAGUACAUGGACUGGGAGAAGAAGUGUGGUGGGAACAAUCGUGACCGCAAGAGAGAUUGGUGGAGCUCUUGAGGUCUCUACCUGGGAAGAGAUGACAAGGAUCAUGAGGCAGAGGUUCAUUCCUAGCUAUUAUCAGAGAGAGCUACAUUCUAAGCUCAGGAGGCUCACUCAAGGGUCCAAAACUGUUGAAGAAUACUUCCAGGAGAUGGAAGUGAUGUUGCUAAGGGCUAAUGUGAUUGAGGACAGAGAAGCCACUAUGUCCAGCGCAGGCCUGAUCCAAGAGACUCCAAACCGGCUUUCACACCAAAACCUGAGCCAGAGGAGCCUCUUACAGUCAAGACAAGGACAAGAAAACCAGUUCAACCCUGGUCCUAGAGCUCGCGAGCUUAAGUGCUUCAAGUGUCAAGGCUUUGGACACUAUGCCUAUGAAUGCCGCAACAAGAAGAUAUGA